AUGGAAUCAUCAGACUCUAAUAUUGAAGUUAAUCUGAGGAAAAUCAAGGAGCAUCGCAAGAUUGAAGUGGAGGAGGAAGAUGGUUGCGCUUAUAGAGGCCAUGAUGAAAGCUCGAGUUCAGAUAACCGAGGUAACUUUAUUGAAUUGUUAAAGUUUUUGGGUUCUUACAAUAGUAGUGUUCAAAAGCUUGUUUUGGAAAAUGCUCCUAGAUUUGCUAAAUAUACUUCAAGUGAUGUUCAGAAAGAAAUUCUACAUGUUCUUGCUACAACGGUAAGAAACUCAAUUAGAAAGGAUAUUGGAGAUGCCAAAUUUUGUAUUAUCAUUGAUGAAGCUCGUGAUGAAUCUAAAAAAGAGCGAAUGGCUAUUGUUUUGGGAUUUGUUGAUGUGGAUGGUUUUGUUCGUGAAUGCUUCUUUGAUCUUGUACAUGUUAGUCAUACUAGUGCCUUGACUUUGAAAAAAGAGUUGGUGUCUGUGCUUUCUAUUUAUAAUCUCCAAAUUGAAAAUAUUCGAGGUCAGGGGUAUGAUGAUGCUAGCAAUAUGAGAGGGGAAUGGAAUGGUUCACAAGCUUUAUUUCUCAAUGAUUGCCGACAAGCGUAUUAUGUCCAUUGUUUUGCUCAUAGAUUGCAAUUAGCACUGGUGGCUGCUUCAAGGGAAAUACUUCAAAUUCAUGAGUUUUUCACACAAUUGACUGCUAUUGUCAAUAUUGUUGGUGCAUCUUGCAAACGACAUGAUCUACUACAAGAAGCUCAAGAAAUUGAAAAUGCAAAAUUGGUUACCAAUGAUAUGCUAGAAACAGGUUAAGGUGCAAAUAAAAUGGGCACUUUACAAAGAGUUGGAGAUACAAGAUGGAGUUCUCACUUUUAUUCUGUUUAUAGCUUGAUAAGAAUGUUUGCAGCUACUCAUACCGUUCUUAAUAACAUUAUUGAUGAUGGUACAACUUCUGCUCAAAGAGGUGAGGCUUAUGGUGUCAACAAAGUGCUAUCCUCGUUUGAAUUUGUUUUUUCGUUACAUUUGAUGAAGAAAAUUAUGGGGAUUGCUAAUAUUUUGUGCCAAGAAUUACAACAAAAAUUUCAAGAUAUUUUGAAUGUAAUGCAUGUUGUUUCCACAUCAAAACUACUUCUUCAAAAAUUGAGGGAUAAUGGUUGAUGCAAUUUACUUGAGAUUGUUAAGAAGUUGUGAGAAAUAUGAAAUUGAUAUC